AUGUCGUCACUCCACGCCCCGGGCUUGGUCCCUUUGUACAAAGAGAACCCGCGACUACAGGUGGAGCGCCGUGUCAGUGUUUUUGGCUGUAUCCAUAGCUGGGCGGGAGCCGACAAGGAAUGGAUGACUCGGGAUAAACCUAGAAGUCUUUAUGGGCCCACAUUCCUCUUGGAUCUACAAUCCUGGCUCAUUGACGCCCUCUCAAUGCAAGACUUGGGUAUCCCCUCAGGUUCAUUCAUCUUUACUUUAUGGGCUGGAUCCUAUGGCGACUUUUGUACCGACCUCUUUCAACGGUGCGUUCACAUGGCCCUUGCAGAGGGCCCAGCAUUCGAUAAAUGCUGCGAACUUGACCUCUUCGGAUCUUCUACACAUCAGCUGUCCGCCACACCGGAUAAGUUCUUCUUCGACCCCAGAUUCAGGGAGGCGGUUGAGCACUUGCUUAAGAAGCCGUCGAUUUUGCGCUCGGACUUUCACCCUGGGGUUCCGGUAGACCCCAACGUAUUGGUGGAGGAAACUCAGGGGAUGGAAGAUGUGGGACGCCGUUUUUCCAAGUGGGACUAUCACACACGAAACUUUGGCUGCACAAUUCCCUCUGAUCUAUACUACGAUUUCAUUUUACCUCCUCAGUUCGAAUUCCAGAGCAAGGAGCAGUAUAUCGAGUCACAGGGAGGAAGGGUCAAGGAACAAGACUCGUAA